UCCCAAGGCAGUUGUAGUACUCAACUCCGCCUCUUGCAGUGAACAGGAAGGCCGAGAAGCGAACCGUUUCAACCGAGCUCAGGCAAGGAUCGUUUUUCUCGCGAGGAAGGGCGCCAUUAUCGGAAUCCCUACAAACAACACGAGAAUUCAUCAUUCACACGGUCUGCAUGAUGGCAGAGCACGACUUGGUGGAGAUGGUCCAGAUAGCUGUGGAGGAUCUGGGACAGGAGGACCAAUCAGCUGUUCUAGAGAACCAUGAGGACGUAGAGGGAAAACCUGACAGAAAGCGCGCAAGGCUGGACAUUUCCAGCCAGGAUACCUCUCUGAAGUCCUUGCUGUUCGCCAUGAACCAGUCCAUUUGCCAGAGACUUGAUUCCAUGGAGGCCAAGUUGCAGGUGCUGGAGGCUACUUGUCGGGCCCUGGAGGAGAAGUUGGACUCGGUAGUGAACAAGAACCAGGGACCCAUUCAGGUGCCCAUGGUGGCUGGCUCACCUCUAGGAGCCACACAGACUUGGAAUAAAGUGCGCUGUGUGGUGCCGCAGACCAAUGUCAUUGUAAGCGGCGAGAACAAGCCAAAGGCCCAGGAAGAGACCAAUACUCGUGCCUCUGAGUCUCUGGAGAACCUCCUGAGCAACACGGUGGGGGGACGGCGACAGAACACCAUUCUGGUGAAAGUUCCAGCACACGAGGAGAGCCAGGACGAGCAGGAGAGUGGCUCGGAGACCAGCGACUCCAUGCCCGGACCGGGCUCGGCGCAGAACCACAACAACGUCACCCUCAUCACCCUCAACUCUGAAGAGGACUACCCCACCGGCACGUGGCUGGGGGACGAGAGCAACGCGGAGAUGCGCGUGCGCUGCCCGAUCUCGGCCGCCGACAUGCUCCAUAUCAGCACCAACUGCCGCACGGCGGAGAAGAUGGCACUGACGCUGCUGGACUACCUGUUCCACCGGGAGGUGCAGGCCAUGUCCAACCUCUCUGGCCAGGGCAAGCACGGCAAGAAGCAGCUGGACCCGCUCAUGAUCUACGGCAUACGCUGCCACCUCUUCCACAAGUUUGCCAUCACGGAGUCGGACUGGUACCGCAUCAAGCAGAGCAUCGACUCCAAGUGUCGCACGGCGUGGCGGAGGAAGCAGCGGGGCCAGAGCUUGGCAGUGAAGAGCUUCUCCCGUCGAACCCCCUCCUCACAGAAUAAUGAGGCAGGGACUGUGGUGGAUGCUGCUCCGAUCGAGGCUACCCAGCAGGCAUUGCACUAUGCGCUUGCUAACCCUCAGCAGGUGCAGAUCCAUCGUAUAGCGGAAGAUGGCCAGGUCCAGGUGAUCCCUCAAGGCCACCUCCACAUUGCCCAGGUGCCGCAGGGGGAACAAGUGCAAAUCACCCAAGACAGUGAGGGUAAUCUUCAGAUCCACCAAGUGCAUGUUGGACAGGAUGGGCAGGAGCCAGACUUGAGACAUGACCAUCAUGUCAAGUGUGAGGAGUAUUGUGUAAAAUUGAGAGCAGCACAGCUAUCGCCUGGGAUUAAACUCCAGGAGGCCACAACCCAUUAGGCCUCCUGAACCUCCACCCCUCAGGACCCAGUCCAGAGCAGAACUUUCAAUUGUUCAUCAUGGCCAUUUUAGUUGAUUUCAUAACUGGCUCUGGGCACAUUUGUAGUUUUCUUAUUAUUUCAUUUACAAAUGUGUUUGUUUCUGGUGAUCAUGGCCUCUGUUAAUGAUGAUGAUCUUAGACGGCUCAGACAGAGCAAGUGGACCAGCAGUUCUCAGAUCUGUUGGCCCUGCCUGUGCUCCUGUGUGCCUAAAUCAGAGAGUUCAAGAAAAAGGAGAGGUCCUUACAGUCUUUUGGCAAUGCAUGAGAGUCUCUUUCUUUCUUUCUUCCUCUCUCUCUCUCUCCCUCUCUCUCUCUCUCUCUCUCUCUCUGUUCCUCUUCCCCAAUGCCUUUUUUAUUUGGAUGGUGUCUGUAAAAUGAUAGGAGCUCUGUGCCAACACAAACACAGGGUGACUUAUUCCUCUAACCCUGUGUCCCAGAUCUGAGUUUUCACACACACACACACACACACACACACACACACACACACACACACACACACGCACUCCCAUUAAAUGGCAUCUCGUCUCUCUCUUGGAGCAUGAACACACACACCCUUAUCCGGAGCGGAACUCAUUCCCAUGGAUUGUGACAGGAAUAGCUACGGGGAUGCAGUCGGUAUUGUUAUGUCCUCCUCCUCUACAGCGCCCGUGUGGUCGUUUAUUUAGAAUGUGGCAGCACUGGCGCUUUUUAGUGAAUGUUGGUUGGGAGGUGAGGAUGAGGAUCAGGAGGAGGAAGAGGAGACAGGAACAGGAUGAUGGACAGAAAAGACAAGCAAAGAGAAGCUCCCACAUGCUGAGACAGUGACCAUGUCUGUCUGUAGGAGUGUGUUUGUGUGUGUAUGUGUGUGUGUAUGUCCAUCUCCAUGGAUAUAAAAGAUCAGCUCUGUGUUCCAAAGGGUUGCAUCAGUGGUGAAGUAGGAGACUGGCAUUGGAGGUUGGAAAUAACUUUACUGCUGUCAGCAAGUCACAGUCGUUAUGAUCUCUUCAGCCUUGGAUUUGUGUGUGAGUGUGUUUGUGUGUGAGUGUGUUUGUGUGUGAGUGUGCAGAAGAGUUAGAGAGAG